AUGACACAGGCCAACGUCCCUGCAACAGACCCGGCUGUUUAUGCCCAGUACCGGGCUAAAUGGUCUGUUCUUCCUGACACUGCGGACGCAUGGUUGGCGCGCGCACGCGAGGUCGCAGAAGUUCUGGCCCAGGAUGCGGCGCAACGAGAUCAAGAAAACAAGUCUCCUCGCGCUGAGGUGGCACUGCUCAAGCACUCGGGCCUACUGAAGCUGCUUGGGCCUAAGAAGUAUGGUGGAGGAGAACAGCCUUGGGCUGUUGGAUAUAAAGUUAUUCGGGAGGUUGCAAAGGCAGAUGGGUCCAUUGGUAUGCUGCUGGGUUACCAUCUCCUGUGGUCCACCACCGCCAGUAUCGUUGGAACUCCCGAACAAGCCGAGCGAACCCAUGAACUGAUCCUCUCAAACAACUACUUUGUGGGUGGCGCUGUGAAUCCUCGUGACAACGACCUCAAGAUUACUUCUGACGGAGACCACAUCGUGUUCAAUGGGUCUAAACACUUCAACACCGGAGGUGUGGUAUCUGAUCUCACCGUUCUGGAGGGUGUCCUCGAAGGAACUGAUGGUCAUAUCUUCGCGUUGGUUCCUACCGAGCAGCCUGGUAUCCAGUUUGCCUAUAAUUGGCACAACAUUGGCCUGCGCUUGACGGAGUCCGGUGGCGUCAAGAUUGAGAAUAUUCGUGUGCCAUGGGCUGACGCGCUGGGUUGGGAUGAGUCUAGCAAGACGCCUCGUGAGGAUAUUCUGCUUAUUCCUUUUGCCAGCCUGCUUCUGCCAACCAUCCAACUCGUCUUCAGCAAUUUCUACCUGGGUAUUGCUAUCGGCGCAUUGGAAUUUGCUGCCAAGUAUACUGCAACCUCGACCCGGGCGUGGCCCUUUGGAGGUGAUAACAAGGAGUCCCCGACAGACGAGUUCUACAUCCUCGAGCGCUACGGCAACUUCUUUGCGCAUCUCCGAGGUGCUGAAGCUCUAGCUGAUCGUGCCGGUGACCAAAUUACCGCUUUAUAUAACCGAUACUCGGAUAAUAGGUCUGGUCUUACUGCGGACGAGCGAGGUGAAGUUGCCGAAUGGAUUGUCAGCGUCAAGGUGGUCACCACGGACGUUGGGCUUCGAGUCACGUCGGGAAUCUUCGAGGUGACUGGUGCGCGGGCUACUGCAUUGAAAGUCGGACUGGAUCGAUUUUGGCGCGACAUCCGCACUCAUACUCUCCAUGACCCGGUGGCGUAUAAGAACCGCGAACUUGGGCGGUUUGUGCUCCUGCAGGAAUACCCCGCUCCAACGUGGUAUACGUAG